UGCCGUUUGCUUUUUGCAACACCUAACUGUCCUGUUGUCUCGUGCAGGCACAAAAGGAGGCUUGAAAAAGAAGAAGAAGAAGAGGGUCCGUCCUCCAGUGGGUGGCGUGGGAGUGCGAGGAAGUACUUAACGGCGCUCACAUCAUUAAUUAGCCGCCAGAAAUCAAUCCAUUCGGACUCAUCGAUAAAUCCAUCCGCGAUGGACGGGAGUCUGGGAGAGAUGUCGCUGCACGGCCACGCCGAGCUGCACUCGCGGGACCUCUCGGCCGCCUUCCCCCGUCCCCCACUGAGCGCCGGCCCCCCUCUGGAACCCGAGCCUCGGGCCCCUCCGCCGCCCUUCGAGCACGCCAUGUCGGCGCUGGGCUACAGCGGCGACUCCCCGUCCGGGUCGGGCAGCACCUACACCACGCUGACCCCUUUGCAGCCCUUCGAUGACAAGUUCCAUCACCACCACCACCACCACCACCCCUGCCUCCCUGUCAGCAACGUCAUCGGGAGUUUCACGCUGAUGCGCGAGGAGCGAGCCGGCCUCUCCGCCAACUUCUACAACCCCUACGCCAAAGAUCUCGCCAUGAGCCAGAGUCUGACGCCGCCCUCCUCGGGUUUGGGGUCCAUGCACAGCUAUGGAAGUCCCAAUGGCGGGGGCGGAGGGGGCGGCGCCGGACAGAUGCUCCACGGUGGCUACGACGUCCACGGCGGGAGCCUCUUCUGCAGGACCUCGGACUUUGGGCGAGAGAUGUCGCCCCCGGGAUUGGGUGCCGGCGACAUGUCCAUGGGGCACCAGCUGAACAAAAUGGACGGGCCGGCCCAUCACUCUCACAUCUACAGCCAGCACUACCAGGCGCACCACCACCCCGGCCAGCAGGCUGCCAAGAUUGCGGACCACCUGCAUUCCCUAACGUCCUCCCCGGGGGACGGCGCCUUGGGUGGCGGGUCCCCAGGCGGAAGCGGCGGCGGCGGUGGCGAAGAGAUCAACACGCGUGACGUAGCCCAGAGGAUCAUCACGGAACUGAAGCGCUACAGCAUCCCGCAGGCCAUCUUCGCCGAGCGCAUUCUGUGCCGCUCGCAGGGGACGCUCUCCGAUCUCCUGAGGAACCCCAAACCCUGGGCCAAGCUCAAAUCCGGACGCGAAACCUUCAAAAGGAUGUCUCGAUGGCUGCAGGAGCCCGAGUUCCAGAGGAUGGCCUCGCUCCGGCUCGAGG